UUAAGGCUUCUUUCUUCCCCCAUUCCCAUUUGUGUAAAACCUCAAGUCUUCUCCUCUCUCUUUUUUCUCUCUCCCUCUCUUCGUCACUCAAACCUCACCUUUUAACCGGUUUCUUUGUGUCUCAUCAGCAUCAGAUCCACCCCCACCCCACCUUCUCUCUUUGAAGAAGCAAGUAGACACCUUCAACUGAGCCGAGCUGAGUGAGUGAGCGAGUGAUUGAGUCCGCAGCAGCUCCAUCCAUCUUCCGAGAGAAGAUCCAGCCCCGUCACAUCACAUGUUACUCUUCUGAUCAGAUCCGACCUUCCAUUCCAAUGGGCCACCUCAACCUCCCUCCCUCCAAGCGCGGCCCCCGCCAGUGGCGCCUCCUCGACCUCGUCACCGCCUUCCUCUUCGCCAUCGUCCUCCUCUUCUUCCUCCUCAUCUUCACCCCCCUCGGCGACUCCCUCGCCGCCUCCGGCCGCCAGUCCCUCCUCCUCUCCUCCCGCGACCACUCCCGCCUCGUCCUCGCUGUCGAGUCCGGCAAGCUCCACCCCGCCCACAUUCAAUCCUGCCCCGCUCACUUCGUUCACCACUUGCCCUGCCUCGAUUCCCGCCGCAACACCCGGGAGCGCCGCUGCCCCCCGCCUGAGGAAUCCCCCCUCUGCCUGAUUCCCCCGUCGGACGCUUACAAGAUUCCGGUCCCGUGGCCGGAGAGCUUGGAUAAGGUAUGGCGCAGCAAUAUGCCGCACGAUCAGAUUGCAGAUAGGAAAGGAAAUCUGGGAUGGAUGAAAGAAGAAGGUCCUUACGUUACAUUCCCUGAUGAUGAUGGUACAAUGUUUCCUCAUGGUGCUCGACACUACAUCGACAAGCUCAAACAGUAUAUUCCGAUCACCGGUGGAUCUUUGAGGACUGCCCUUGACAUGGGAUGCGGGGCAGCUAGUUUUGGUGGGUCUUUGCUGGCUGAAGGCAUUUUGACGAUGUCACUUCCUCCAAGAGAUUCCCAUGACUCGCGGAUACAGUUUGCGCUCGAGAGAGGGAUACCGGCAUUUUUUGCCAUGCUUGGCACACAAAGGCUCCCAUUUCCUGCCUUUGCCUUUGAUUUCGUCCAUUGUUCUCAAUGCUCAAUCCCGUUUACUGCCCAUAAUGCCACGUACUUCAUUGAAGUGGAUCGGUUGCUUCGCCCGGGAGGUUACCUAGUGAUCUCUGGCCCUCCGGUGCAGUGGCCUAAACAGGACAAGGAGUGGGCAGACCUCCAGGCCGUGGCAAGAGCUUUGUGUUAUGACCUCAUUGCUGUUGAUGGGAACACUGUCAUCUGGAAGAAGCCUGCUGGAGAUUCAUGUUUUCCCAAUCAAAAUGAAUUUGGGCUUGAGCUAUGUGAUGAAUCAGAUGAUCCAAGUAGUGCAUGGUACUUCAAGUUGAAAAAGUGUUUAGCAAGUGCAAAUUCUGUCAAAGGAGAAUGUGCAGUUGGGUCUAUCAAAAAAUGGCCGGAGAGACUUAAAGAAGCUCCUGCUAGGGCUGCACUGCUGAAAAAUGGGAUCGAUCUCUUUGGGGCUGACACUCGGCGAUGGGCGAGGAGGAUUGCUUAUUAUAAGGCAUCAUUAAACUUGAAGCUCGGAACUCCUGCUGUCCGCAAUGUCAUGGACAUGAAUGCCCUUUUUGGGGGCUUUGCAGCAGCACUUUCCUCCGACCCUGUGUGGGUAAUGAAUGUAGUUCCAGCUCGCAAGCCAUUAACAUUGGAUGUAAUUUACGACAGAGGACUGAUUGGGGUAUACCAUGACUGGUGUGAACCUUUCUCUAUGUAUCCCCGUAUUUACGAUUUUAUUCAUGUCGCUAGCAUUGAAGCAUUAACUAAGAAUCCAGGUUCAGGCAAGAAUAGAUGUAGCCUUGUGGAUCUGAUGGUGGAAAUGGAUCGAAUGUUGCGUCCGGAAGGGACUGUUGUUAUUCGAGAUUCACCCGAAGUUAUUGACAGAAUAGAUCGGAUAGCUCACGCGGUGAGAUGGACAACCAGUAUACACAGGCAGGAGCCAAAAUCGCAUGGAAGAGAGAAGAUACUUGUUGCAACCAAAACUUUCUGGAAGCUAUCUUCGCCAUCAAAAUGAUCGCGAAGGAGCAUACUCUCCCUGUAAUUUUAGGAAACUAGAAAGUGGAUGAACGAGAAGUAUUAUAGGAGAGCUGCUCAAGCCGAGUUGUGCUGUUAUAGUUGUUGGUUUUCCAGAUUAGCUCCAUCUGGUAAAAGCUGUUGUUGAUAAUCGAGAGUAUGUAAGUCGGGGUUGAAGCUUUUGAAGGACCCCCAAGGGCCGCAACAUGUACGAAAGCAAGAAGAGCAGAUCAUUCGACAAUAUCUUUUGAUGUCAGCGAGAUAGAAUCACUAUAUCGGCAUAUGACCAGAGCUUUGUAUGUUUUGAAUAGAAUUUUAAUCUACCUCAGAUGAUGUUUGAUAAAUCAA